AUAAUUACUCGGAAACACGGUCCAACUUCCCUUAUCCGUACACCCAUCCGCUGGCGCGAAAGGAGGCGGUCAAACUACCGCUCGAAUCUCAUAACCGCGGCUCCCCUCCACGAAAAAAAACCAACCCCUUUCCCAAAUCUUACCCCAAAAUCAAACCCAUGGACGGAAAAACCGCAACCGCCGGCGCCGGCGAAGACGAACCCCGGAUCCCGCCAGAACAGACCCGAGACUGGUCGGAUCUGACUCCGGUCCUCCUCGUUAACGCGUUCCGGCGUCUCAGCUUGCGGGAUCGAUGGGCGGGGGCGAUGCUCACGUGCAAAUCUUGGCUCGAGGCAUCGAAGGAUUCUUCCCUCUUCUCGUCUCUCGAUCUCGAGCCUUAUUUCGAUGCCGCCGGUUCGGGCUCCGGCGAUUUGAUCGGGUGGUGGACCGCUGGGUUCGAGCGAAGGAUCGACUCGAUGAUCCGAUCGGUUGCUGAUUGGGGUGCUGGUUCGGUUCGGGAGGUUAGGGUCAGGCACUGUUCUGAUGGGUCGAUCAGUUUGCUUGCGGAAAGGUCACCAAAGCUUGAAGUCCUUUCAAUCCAAAGCAGCCAGAGUGUAACUGAUGCAUCCAUCUCCAGAAUCGCACUAAGUUGUUCAAUGCUUAGAGAACUCGACAUCAGUAACUGUUAUGAGAUAUCCUACAAAUCGCUGGAAACAAUUGGCGACAACUGCCCGAACCUCACAAUUCUCAGAAGAAAUUUCAUGAAUUGGCUGGACCCUUCCCAGCAUACCGGUAUUGUCCCAGAUGAAUACUUGAGGAAUUGCCCUCAAGAUGGAGACAUGGAGGCUACUGCAAUCGCACGUGCAAUGCCCAAGCUGAAGCACCUUGAGCUUCGCUUCUCGAAGCUUACUGCUGCUGGUUUGAUCUCGGUUUCAGAGGGAUGUCAAGAGCUGGAAGUGUUGGAUCUUUUCGGGUGUGUAAAUUUAACGAGUAGGGGAAUUGAACAAUCUUCAGCCAAUUUGAAGAAUUUGAUUAAGCUGAUAAAACCGAACUUUUAUAUACCGAGAUCUGUGUAUCAUACUGAGAGGUAUGGUCACUGGAGGCUUUAUGAUGAGAGGUUCCAGACAAAUGUGUUCCAGAUCUGAUCGAAUGUUUGUUGUAACCAUUUAUGUUCUGAAAAAUAAUUGAACUGCUACUUUGUGAUGUAUGUUGUAUUUUUUUAUGUAAAAGUUUACAUGCUCCUGUACUUGUAUAAACUUUCUGUAUGCGUAUGUAUAUGUUUAUCUCCUGGCGUA